GCAAACACUGCAACAAGUGCAUUAAUGAUGCUCGCCAGCUCAAUCCUCCAAGAAAGACCUUUUUGAACUGGAACAAUCAGCGAAAUGAUGAGCUGUUUUUGAGCAAUUCGGAAGAUAUCGCAUGAGUCACUAUUUAUGUUGUGCACUUACUUGACUACCAUCAGGUUUUUCCGGUCGGCGAAAGCGAAAUUAAAAACCGCAGAGCUUGCGCAAUGUAGAAGAAGUUCAUCAGUGAGCUCGUGAGCUAGCUCAAGUUGCUAGCCCAGUGUGUUUAAGAAGUCAGCCAGCCGUGUCUCAGUAUGUCGCGGGGUAACUAGUUAGCAGGGGCAGCGCACUUGUCGUGGGUUUUGUACCCGACAUGUUUUUGCGAGAGGACAAGGAGUGCGAGGCAGCAAGCCGUUGGACCCCAGAGAAACUCAGCCCACUUCAUUAUGGCUAAACAACAAAAACAGCUGCUCUGUUGAUGUGACAAAAAAGGUCAGGAGGACAACAUCAGCGACUAUGAGCAGGAUCAAAAAAUGAGGAACUAGGUCAUGGCUAAAUAUGAGACUUUAACCAGGAAACUGAACAAGUAGCAUGUGUGCUCACCUCAUGCACAGGGGACAUGUUGUCUAUUUCAAAAUCAUGUGACCAUAAAAGAGGCGACAUAUUUCUUAUGGAUACUGCAGAACAGAAGGACAGGGUCUUGUCCACCAGCGAAGACCCUCUCCCGUGCCUCCACAACUCUAAAGCUGACCCGCUGAUCCGAAGCCGACCCCUCAGUGAUUUAUACCCAUUCCAUAGUCAUGCUGACAUAAAUGCAGUCCCAUAUCUGCUCUCUGGGUAUGGUGCCCAAGUACAGCCAAUGACUGCAGGUCCUGACGAAAACAGAUUGAAUGGUGUCAAUUCCUCCGCCUGGUCCAACCCUGUUAUAGGUCAACCUGAUGGAAAGCCUUACUCCUCAAGAAUUAUGAAGCUUUUUUCUAACUCGAGGAAGGGCCUUGUCCCUUCUAACAGUCCAACCACCGACAGUUCCACCUCAACCAGCGGCAGCGGCAGCGGCAGCGACAGCGGCUCCCAGUCCUGGUCAGGACUUUCAGGACUGGGUGUUGUGGACUCCUUCAAAAAGCUCCGCUCCUCUGUGCUCCAGGGUAUACAGAGUAGAGGGGCAAUCGCCCACGAUGGAGAGCAUGUCCCUUCAUCAAAUCAGGAAAUGACUAAUAGCCCAGUUGUGGCCAACACUAACCCUGGACUAGAUGAAGCAACAAAUCAUUUAAAGUUUGCAGAAGAAUACAGUGUGUCUAAUGGAAAUUUUACUGGCCAAAAGUUGGCUGUGACGAGCCAAUGUGGAUCAGAUAUUGAGGACUACGAUGAUGAGGUAAAUGAUGAAGGAGAUGGUCUCACACGCAACACACGAUUCUCAAGGAGUAUCAGGAGGGCUUACGGAGCAGGACGCAUUUCUCUACUCGACAUGGAGACUGGGAGACUAGCAGGAAGAAGCACAAAUGAAGCUACGGACAGUCAGAAACCAGAUCAGACAUCCGAGGCGACUGCCCAAACAGAGAACAUGAAUGAGAACACAAAUGUGAAGGUGGUGAGCAGACUGAGCAAGAGUGCAGAAAACCUUCAUAUAUUUAAGGCACCUUUCAGACGCAAAGCCCCAUCUCCAGGUCCUCCUUCACCUCAGGAAGACCCCCAGAGGACUAGCAUGUCAAAUGGGAAACCAACCAUCCAGAGGACAGCCAGCGCCUCCUCAGUGGACCUCCGGGGCCAUGCUGUUAGCCGCAGGAAGAGCACUGUGAAGACCAAGGUGCCGAUGCUAAAGCUUGUAGGCAGCAUAACAGACCUGACUGUCCGACGCAGGCAAAGUCCCUCCCCCAGCCCCACCUCUCCAUCUCUCAUGUCAUCCCUGAGCCGUCUCCAUGACGACUACUCUCGCCGUGUCCCUUGCCUAACAACCGGUGAGCGACAGCGCCGGCCCUCACCCGUCAGAGCCCGGGUCAUGUCUGUCGGACACACCCCCCUGGUUCAUCCACAGCCUGAAUACGAUGUCGGCCCAGAGCAGCACCAGGUCCUUAUCAGCCCGGUUUCUAUGGAGCCCCCAGAGAGAACAGAGCAGGCUUCACCUGGUAUCUCUGCUCAUUAUAAAUCACUGACUGUAGCCACAACAAGUGCGGCAGAAUGCGAUUCAUCUCCACUCAACCAAAAAGAGCCAUCCCAACAACAAGAACAGACUGAGGUCAACAUGCUACCAACUAAGUGUAUAUGCCGGGGACCGGACCCAGAUCAAGAGAAACAAGAGGAGACACCAGGCCAACAAGAAUCAGAAGCAUUUCUUUCAACAGAGGAAGUCUCUCCAACAAUCAGCAGCACCCCUCCUAUCUCUCCAACAUGUCUCUCUGAGUCACCCACAUCGCCCACAGAUGGAGCCCCAGCUUCCACAGAAAUAUCCUUCGUCAAGCCCAGACGAAGGAGUGGGCGCUCGAGACCUCGGCCCAUCUCUGACUACGGGCAGCUCAUUUCCAGGAAGCACUCCAUUCCUGAGGAAGUGGCAGUACUGCAUGCUGAAGAAAGGACAGCAAAUACAUCAUUGCAUAACGACUGCAGUGGUAAUGACGCGUGUGGGAAUGGAGAGAGCCCUGAGAGCUGCAGCAUGAACGGAGACGUUCAGGGCAGGAGGCUGCGGCCAAUCUCAGUGAUAGGAGUUGUGGAUCUGUUCUCUCCUGCUGCUGAGGAGAAAGAUGACCGCCUUCCUUCUCCCCUGUCGCGGCCGCCUAUCCCCUCCCACCAGGUGCCCCCCUACAGAGCAGUGUCAGCCAGAUUUCGCCCCUCUGCCCUCUCCCAGAGCACCCCCAUCGGACUGGACCGCGUUGGACGGCGUAAGCUCCACAGAGUGCUCAGCGAUGGUAUGUCUGAGUGCUCGGCGACACUUGACGACAGUGUGAGUGAGGAGGAGGGCAGCUUUGAUGAGCUCACUGAUGUCACACCCUACCUCCAGCCAGGGGUGGAGCUCUCUGUGCUCAACGAGUGGAUAAGCUCUGGCCACACGGUGUAUGCUGAGGCUCUCUGGGACCAUGUGACCAUGGAGGAGCAGGAGCUGGCCUUCAAAGCUGGAGAUGUUAUCCGUGUCCUGGAUGCCUCGCAUAAGGACUGGUGGUGGGGCAGGGGGGCUGACAGGGAGGCCUGGUUCCCUUCCAGCUUUGUGAGGGUGCGAGUGAACCAGGAGGACUCGAGUGCAGAAAGUGUGGAGAGUGUAGCGGACCAGGAAGAUCCAGCUCCCAGGGACACACACAGCGCUCAGCACAAGGAGCAGAUGAGAACCAAUGUGGUUCAGGAAAUCAUGAAUACUGAACGCAUCUACAUCAAGCACCUAAAAGACAUCUGUGAGGGUUACAUCCGUCAGUGCCGUAAACACCCGGACAUGUUCACUGAGCUGCAGUUGAAGACCAUCUUCAGCAACAUAGAGGACAUCUACAGGUUUCAGAGGCAGUUUCUCAGAGACCUGGAGAAGAAGUACAACAAAGACCAACCGCAUCUCAGUGAAAUAGGCUCUUGUUUUCUCUUGCAGGGAGAGGGCUUCUCUAUCUACUCAGACUACUGUAACACUCAUCCAGCAGCCUGUGCUGAGCUGCACCGCCUCAUGAAGUUGGGCAAAUAUAAGCAUUUCUUUGAGGCCUGCCGGCUCCUCCAGCAGAUGAUCGACAUUUCCAUUGCCGGUUUCUUGCUCACACCCGUCCAGAAGAUCUGUAAAUACCCCCUUCAGCUGGGAGAACUGCUCAAGUACACCCCCAAAGACCACAGUGACUACAGCGGAGUGAGCAAAGCAUAUGAGGCUAUGAAAAAUGUGGCCAGUCUGAUAAAUGAGAGGAAGAGACGGCUGGAGAGUGUCGACACAAUCGCUCACUGGCAGGUGGCCAUUCUACACUGGGAGGGAUCCGAUGUGCUGGAGCGCAGCUCAGAGCUGAUCCACUCUGGUGAGCUGACUCGAAUUGUCCGACAAGGCAAAAUGCAACAGCGCAGCUUCUUCCUGUUUGACCACCAGUUGGUCUUUUGUAAAAAAGACGUCCUGCGCAGAGACCUGCUCCACUACCGUGGACGGCUGGAUAUGGACCAGACCGAGGUGGUGGAUGUGCCCGACGGGCGGGACCUAGACCUGGGCCUGACCCUGAGGAAUGCUCUGCGCCUGCGCAACGCCUCCACUCUUGAGUUUGUGUGUGUGCUGUGCUGCAGGAAGGCCCAGCACAAGCAGAGGUGGUUACAGGCCUUUGCCAAGGAGAGAUACAGAGUCAAGGAAGACCAAGAGAUGGGAAUGGAGAUCAGUGAAGAGCAAAGAAAACAGGCCAUUGUUAAUGCCAGAAGAGCCAAACAGGGGAAAAGUAAAACCAUUGGUUACUCUGGUUCCGUCCCACCACACCACCAAAACCUCCACCCACUUCACCAGCGUCACAUCACCAUUCCAACCAGCGUGCCUCAGCAGCAGGUCUUUUCACUGGCCGAGCCCCCAAAACGAAAGCCUUAUCACCUGUUGUACAGCAUUACCCGCAACGCCUUUUUCAGGAAAUGAGGCUUUGCUCCCUCAUCUUUUUUUCUCCCUGUGCAUGUUCAGCAUGCACCAAACCGUCCUGAAGACUCAAAGAACGCUUUUUUUCCUGUAUUUUUCUGCCUGUGAAUGUACUGUCAUGUUCUGUAUUUGUGCCUCGUGUCCUUCUCAAUGUGUCUAUUUUUGUUGCAUGUUAAAGUUCAGUGCCUACAAUUUGAAAGGAAGGUGCAUGACUAAAGUGUUAAAAUACUGACUCUGUCCAUUUUGUUGGUGUGUUAAAGAUGCUGCUCACUCAAGAUACUUCCACCCCCUUUGUCUUAGUAGUUCCAGCUGAAAGAUGUUUUAAUGUUAAUUAUGACAACAAUGUAUAUUCCGCUUUUACGUUGACAAACAUGGUUUUUAGUUUAUUUCACAAAGGCUGGACCCUUUUUUGCUGCAAGUCUGUCAACUCUGAGCACACAACAGCCAGAGGAUAAAUUAACUGACACAUUCACCUUCCUUGUUAACACUGUAAAUAAAACUGUUGUACAAACAUA